AAUGGAAACGCGGCUGCUGCUUUCACUACGGCUCAUUACAAAGCCGCCCAUCAGUUACGGAGGUACUUGGAGAAGUCGGGGGUGCUGGACACGCUGACCAAGGUAUUGGUAGUCUUAUAUGAAGAACCAGAGAAACCUAAUAGUGCUUUGGAUUUUUUAAAACAUUGCUUAGGAGCUGCUACCCCAGAAAAUCUAGAAAUAGAGCUGCUUCGCCUAGAAUUGGCAGAAAUGGAAGAGAAAUAUGAAGCAAUUGUAGAAGAAAAUAAAAAACUGAAAACAAAGGAGAAAGUUCAGUAAACUUAUGGUGGAGAGGAAGAAAAUACCCUACUACAAGCCACAACAUCUUUGGGAAGAUGUAGAUUAUUGCAUAUCAAGUAUUUGUGCAGUGCAGUUAUGAAUGGGAUUUAAAUUUUAGUUUCCCAGUAAUUUUAAAGAUUUAUAUAAAAAGAGUUUUCAUUAGGUUUGAUUGUAUUAAAUAUUAAAAAUCACCGAGUGGUUUAAAAAGAUAGGACGGGGACUUCCCUGGUGGCGCAGUGGAUAAGAAUCCUCCUGCCAAUGCAGGAGACACAGGUUCGAUCCCUAGUGCGGGAAGAUCCCACAUGCCCCGGAGCAACUAAGCCCGUGUGCCACAACUACUGAGCCCACGUGCCACAGCUCCUGAAGCCCGCACGCAUCAAUGAAGACCCAAUGCAGCCCAAAAUAAAUGAAAUUAAAUCUUAAAAUAAAGGACUUUAGGGCUUCCCUGGUGGCGCAGUGGUUGAGAGUCCGC